GUUUAGAACGAGGAAAAAAAAGAUCGGACGGGGACGGGGCCUAAACCAGUAUGAGACAGUUUUAUUUUCUUUCCUGUGUGGUAUUUGUGGUGGAAGGGGUGUUUGGUGCUGAUGGAGUGAAAGCAAUAUCAGCAAAAGUAGGAGAAGAUGUCAUUCUACACACAGAUGAUGCUGAAGUACAGAGAGCUGAUGAGCUGUUAUGGAGGAUUCAAGGUGAAAAAAGUUUCAUAGCACAGUUCGAUAGAGAAAUCAACAAAGUCUUGAUAAACACAAAUGACAAGAGAUUCAUUGGGAGACUGCUGCUGGAUAAGACGACUGGAUCUCUGACUAUCAAGAACAUCAACACCACAGACUCUGGAGUUUAUGAACUACAGAUAAGCAGCCAAAGUCGGGACAAGACAAAGAUAUUCAGUCUUACUGUACACCAUGGACUGAAGUCAGUGUCAGUGAUGGAGGGAGAAACUAUCCCUGGUGUUACUCAGAUCUUCACUGAUCGCUUAAACAGCACCGCCGCGAGCCGGAGUAACAUUAACCUGAAUAAGGAGACCGGAGAAAUCAGAAACAUCAAAGGAGAUCAGUCUGGAGAUCUUGAAGCGAAGAUCAACAACAACAAUUCAGGUUCCUCAGCUGCUGUAUCAGGCAUAUGUGGGGUCAAUUUUGGUCUGCUGGUUUGGGCUGCAACUGUUUUGUUACUGCUAGAAGUACAAGUAACCAAACAUGUUUCAGAAAAAGGAUUAGGAUGAAUAAUAAGGAGAAUCAACUCCCAACAGAACAUAAUCAUCAUCUGUAAUAAUGUAAACACAGGCUUUGCAUGGCAUACUGAUUUUCUUGUAUUAAUCACACUAGGAACAUCUUGUAAUGAAGCUUAAAAAAUGAGACCUUCACCAACUUUGUCUAUAGCUUGUAGCUUCACCAGGAAAAUCCAAAGGAUGUCAGGUUUACACACUCCAGAAAGCCUCUCUUUCGUUCAAUGACACUUGAAAUGAAUGACUUAAAAUGGUAACCUCCAGACACCAUGGAAACACAACCACACCACAAAUGGGAUGAUGGAUAUGCAGAUGGAUUUAUUCCUUAAACAGAGUAGUGUGAGGCAAUGUUAGUAUAUACAGACAUCAGAAGGCCUACUCGCCAGCAGCCAUAUCACCCUGUAGCCCAAGACUGGUUGCCCACUGAAGCUAAGCAGGGCUGAGCCUGGUCAGUACCUGGAUGGGAGACCUUCUGGGAAAACUAGGUUGCUGCUGGAAGAGGUGUUAGUGAGGCCAGCAGGGGGUGCAGCAGCAGCAGUAGGAAGCAUGGCUUUACUGCAUUUGUGCUAUGUCCUGGUUGAGAAAUGUUCUAUUUCAAGCUCAACUUAAAAAGGACCCUUUAUCGGUGACUUUAACACCGCAUGGUGAGAGCUCAAUAUGGACUUAAAGCCCAGAUGGAUGUAAGCUUGUGGUUUUUGGCUUACUUAUGGCUGUACUGCAUGGGGAAAAAGUCUGGAGCUUGAACUAUUAUUGGUUGAAUCGAAUUCAUCGUCAAUAAUUGGAUUACUCAUCAUCUAAGGGACAACUACUUUGGAUAUUGUUUGAUGAACUUUAUACCCUCAUGUUAAGACUCUCUCUCACACACACACCACCAUUUUCACAUUACAAAACUGUGUAACCUAUUGCCCAACUUCUGCAAUGCACCUAUCCAUUAUAUUGUUUUGAAUGUAAUUUGUCUUUUUCUUGCAUUUUCUCUUUGUGUGGUGAUUAUUUUUUGUUUUCAUGGUUGUAUAAAAGAAUGGUUGAUUUAUUUUGUGAGCAUCUUUUCCUUCUUAAUCUGUGGUUAGGCAAACUGAAUCCCCCCUUAAUUAAGUGGUAUAACUAGUUUUGUGUUAAAAACGCAUGAGACGGUUA